AUGACCCCCAGCUUCCUCCUAUUAAUACUCCUAGCGUUAUUCCACUAUGUACAUAGCAUAGGGAUGGUGAUCGAACCGUGCUUGGAAGGAGACCCUGCCCAGCAGUCAAGCCUCAUCAACCUAAGAAACUGUCUCGCCUACCACACAAACAACAACGACCUCAUCAUGGUCAAGAUCGUUAGCGGACCCCAAAUCCAAUCUCAGACCCUCAACCUCAAGAUCUUUGAUUCCGAAAACAACUUGUUACGGGUUUCAAACAACUUGGUGGGCGAAAUCACCAUCAUCAUGAAAAACCUCAAUAACGACCCCAUAUACGACGAGGGAAACCUGAAGCGGUCACGGGCCAAUAUCAUUGACAGACUCGCAUUCCUUAAGAGUGACGAGCACAAGGCUCAGCAGCUCUUGAACAAUAACAAGGGCAAGAAUCUCAUCUACGUGUGUUUUGACAACUUGUAUAGCGACAAGUCCUGGUCUUUCCACCCGGAGAACCGUGAAAUUGAGUUGACUGUCGACUUGCGGGAUGUGUCGAAGAUGCAAGGGACCGAUUAUAACCUUUAUUCAAAGUAUUUCCACAAGUUUCAAUCGACAGAGAAUCUGGAUCACCGAAUGAAGGAUAUGAGCCAGGUGGAGUUUGACGAUGAAAUUGCCGUCAUUGAGAACGAGUUGAACGACGUGGUCGAAAACUUGAAGAACUCAGCCAUCAUCUUGAAAAAUAUUCAGCUCCAGGAAUCUAGGUUGCGAGACAUCAACGAACAGAUCUUUGCUGGAUACACCUUCAUGACGGUAUUAGUAUUGGUAGCAAUCGUGGGGUUUGGAAUAUUUCAGACCGUUUACGUCCACCGAUAUCUCACAAAGAAAGUCAUCUAUUAA